GAGCGGGCGGGGCGCUCCGACCCCGGGCAGCGGGCGCAGCCGGCGAGCGGCCGGGACGGCGGGCGGGCGCGCGCGAUGCCGCACUUCACCGUGGUGCCGGUGGACGGGCCGCAGCGCGGCGACUAUGACAACCUCGAGGGGCUCAGCUGGGUGGACUACGGGGAGCGCGCCGAGCGGGAGGACUCGGACGGACAGAGUAAUCACAGAGAAAGCAGCCCUUUCCUUUGCCCAGUGGAGGCCUCCAGAGGAAGUGACUACUAUGACAGGAACUUGGCACUAUUUGAGGAGGAGUUGGACAUUCGCCCAAAGGUGUCGUCUCUUCUGGGCAAGCUUGUCAGCUACACCAACCUCACCCAGGGUGCCAAGGAGCAUGAAGAGGCCGAGAGUGGGGAAGGCGCCCGCCGGAGAGCAGCCAAGGCACCCAGCAUGGGCACUCUCAUGGGGGUGUACCUGCCCUGCCUACAGAACAUCUUUGGAGUCAUCCUGUUCCUGCGGCUGACCUGGAUGGUGGGCACCGCUGGGGUGCUGCAGGCCCUCCUCAUAGUGCUCAUCUGCUGCUGCUGUACUCUGCUGACAGCCAUCUCCAUGAGUGCCAUCGCCACCAAUGGCGUGGUUCCAGCUGGGGGCUCCUAUUUCAUGAUCUCUCGCUCACUGGGACCAGAAUUUGGAGGUGCUGUGGGUCUCUGCUUCUACUUGGGAACAACAUUUGCAGCAGCUAUGUACAUCCUGGGAGCCAUCGAGAUCUUGCUGACCUACAUUGCUCCACCAGCUGCCAUUUUUCACCCAUCGGGUGCUCACGAUACAUCAAGUGCCACUUUGAACAAUAUGAGGGUGUAUGGGACCAUUUUUCUGACUUUUAUGACCCUAGUGGUAUUCGUUGGUGUCAAGUAUGUGAACAAAUUUGCCUCGCUUUUCCUGGCCUGUGUGAUCAUCUCCAUCCUCUCCAUCUAUGCUGGGGGCAUCAAGUCUAUUUUUGACCCUCCUGUGUUUCCGGUAUGCAUGCUGGGCAACAGGACCCUGUCUCGGGACCAGUUUGAUAUCUGCGCCAAGACGACGGUGGUGGACAACGAGACAGUAGCUACUCGGCUGUGGAGUUUCUUCUGCCAUAGCUCCAACCUUACCACUGAUUCCUGUGACCCCUACUUCCUACUCAACAACGUGACUGAGAUCCCUGGCAUCCCUGGUGCGGGUGCUGGCGUGCUCCAUGAAAACCUGUGGAGUGCUUAUCUGGAGAAGGGCGAGGUGGUGGAGAAACGUGGGCUGCUCUCCACAGACACCAUCGGCCUGAAGGAGAACCUGUCCCUCUAUGUGGUGGCUGACAUCGCCACAUCCUUCACUGUGUUGGUUGGCAUUUUCUUCCCCUCUGUAACAGGUAUCAUGGCUGGCUCCAACCGCUCUGGAGACCUCCGCGAUGCGCAGAAGUCCAUCCCGGUGGGGACCAUUCUGGCCAUCGUGACCACCUCACUUGUGUAUUUCAGCAGUGUGGUUCUCUUUGGUGCUUGCAUCGAGGGCGUGGUGCUCCGGGACAAGUACGGCGACGGCGUCAGCAGGAAUUUGGUGGUGGGCACCUUGGCCUGGCCUUCACCCUGGGUCAUUGUCGUCGGCUCCUUUUUCUCAACAUGUGGCGCUGGACUCCAGAGCCUCACUGGGGCACCACGCCUGCUGCAGGCCAUCGCCAAAGAUAACAUCAUCCCCUUCCUCCGGGUGUUUGGCCAUGGGAAGGCAAAUGGUGAGCCGACGUGGGCACUUCUGCUGACAGCACUCAUCGCAGAGCUGGGCAUCCUCAUUGCCUCACUCGACAUGGUGGCCCCCAUUCUCUCCAUGUUCUUUCUGAUGUGUUACCUGUUUGUGAACCUGGCCUGUGCUGUACAGACGCUCCUGAGAACCCCCAAUUGGCGACCCCGAUUCAAAUACUAUCAUUGGGCGCUGUCCUUCCUGGGCAUGAGCCUCUGCCUGGCCCUAAUGUUUGUCUCCUCCUGGUACUAUGCUCUGGUUGCCAUGCUUAUUGCAGGCAUGAUCUAUAAGUACAUCGAGUACCAAGGGGCUGAGAAGGAGUGGGGUGACGGAAUCCGAGGCUUGUCCCUGAGUGCAGCCCGCUAUGCGCUAUUGCGGUUAGAAGAGGGGCCACCUCACACCAAAAACUGGCGGCCUCAGCUCCUGGUGCUGUUGAAGUUAGAUGAGGACCUUCAUGUGAAGUACCCACGGCUCCUCACCUUUGCUUCCCAGCUGAAGGCGGGCAAGGGCCUGACGAUUGUUGGCUCCGUCAUCCAGGGCAGCUUCUUGGAGAGCUAUGGCGAGGCCCAGGCUGCUGAACAGACAAUCAAGAACAUGAUGGAGAUUGAGAAAGUGAAAGGUUUCUGCCAGGUAGUGGUGGCCAGCAAAGUACGUGAAGGACUGGCUCAUCUCAUCCAGUCCUGCGGCCUGGGUGGCAUGAGGCAUAACUCCGUGGUACUGGGCUGGCCCUACGGCUGGCGACAGAGUGAGGACCCACGUGCCUGGAAGACCUUUAUUGACACCGUGCGCUGUACCACAGCUGCCCACCUGGCCCUGCUGGUGCCCAAGAACAUCGCUUUCUACCCCAGCAACCACGAGCGUUACCUGGAAGGCCACAUUGAUGUGUGGUGGAUCGUGCAUGAUGGUGGCAUGCUCAUGCUUUUGCCCUUCCUGUUGCGUCAGCAUAAGGUUUGGAGGAAGUGCCGAAUGCGCAUCUUUACAGUCGCCCAGAUGGAUGACAAUAGCAUCCAGAUGAAGAAGGAUCUUGCCAUCUUCUUGUACCACCUCCGCCUAGAGGCAGAAGUGGAGGUGGUAGAGAUGCAUAACAGCGACAUCUCUGCGUACACCUAUGAGCGCACACUGAUGAUGGAACAGCGGUCUCAGAUGCUGCGGCAGAUGAGGCUGACCAAGAACGAGCGGGAGCGAGAAGCACAGCUGGUCAAGGACAGGCACUCAGCCCUGCGGCUGGAGAGUCUGUACUCAGAUGAGGAGGACGAGUCUGCAGCAGCAACGGACAAGAUCCAGAUGACAUGGACCCGGGACAAGUACAUGACGGAGCCCUGGGACCCCAGCCACGCCCCUGAGAACUUCCGGGAGCUGGUGCACAUGAAGCCGGAUCAGUCCAAUGUGAGGCGCAUGCACACUGCUGUGAAACUUAACGAAGUCAUCGUCACACGCUCCCACGAUGCCCGCCUGGUCCUACUGAACAUGCCUGGCCCACCCAAGAACAGUGAGGGUGAUGAGAACUACAUGGAGUUCCUUGAAGUACUGACCGAGGGCCUUGAGCGAGUGCUGUUGGUGCGUGGAGGCGGCCGUGAAGUCAUCACCAUCUACUCUUGAGCCUAGUGUAGUCAUGUGGCCUAGAGUAGAGGUAUCCAGGGCAACCACCCCCACCCCACCACAUUACCUACUUGCCAGUUCGCUUUGCCCAGCCUUGCCUUGGACCAGCUUUGCUAGUGCUCCCAGGACACUGAGGCUGGGCCUGGCGAUGGAAAAUGGAUCUGAGGUUCUGUGGACUGUGGGAGGUUUGGGGACUUUCCCCCCCAGUAGGCCUAUCCUGGCUGAACAAAGGACUAGGGAGGCUGAUGUGGGGUUGGAAGGCCCAGCCUAGCCCAGCACUAUUUAUUAUCUAUUUAUUGUUUGGAUGUUACCAUCGGAGAGGAGGGGAAGGGCAGCAAGGGAGGGAGUUUGGCCCAGCCUGCCAGCAGGCAGACCUGGCUCUGACUACUGUGGGCAGGAACCCCCACGAAGCCUUGGGGAAUGGAGCUGUCCCAGCUGAGGCCUGACUUUUUUCAAUAAAACAUUGUGUACUUCUGGGCC